AUUCCACGUGUAGGAAAACUGUUCUCUGCAGUACAUAGACAAAUCGCUUACUUUCCCCAAUUCCAGCAACCGAGACUGUGAAGAAGAAGAGUCUUGUCCGAUAAGAAACCACACCACAGUCUGCAAAUUCCGAUUUCAGUGGAGGAAGAAGAAGAAGAUUCCUUAUUUUCAUGUAUCACGACAAAAGUGUGAUGCAUCUUGUGCUUCUUCUGUGUGUAGUGUAGAGAAGAAGAAACUGUAGACACAGCAAUAAUCAUCUCAAAUUUCCGCUUAGAAACAGAGAGAAGGAAUUGAUUCAGAUCGUCGGCGGUAUUUUUUCCGUGCUCCGGUGUAUAGGCACGCACGGCAGUGGAAAUUAAUUGGAUCGAUUUGAUUCAGAUUGUAGCAGCCGGAGAUUGUUGAGUGUAGAGGGGAAAAGAGAAAAUGCCUUCGCAGCUGUCAUCGUCGUCGUCACUGGAGGAAAUCGACGAAACCCUAAUCCUGAUUCCGGGCCUCCCGAACGACGUCGGGGAACAUAUCCUCUCCCUGCUGCCUUACUCCCACCACUCCCGCGUCAAACUUACUCGCAAAUCGUGGAAUCUGUUUCUGUCUUCUAAAACCCUGUUCUCUCUCCGCCGUAUCCAUCGCCGCCUCUCCCACCUCCUAUGCAUCUUCCCUCAGGACCCGCACAUCUGCUCACCGUUUCUAUUUGACCCGGAAAACCUGGCCUGGCAUCCUCUUCCGCCGUUGCCCUGUAAUCCAAACGAGUAUGGCCUCUGCAACUUCAAUUCCAUAGCGCUUGGUCCUUACCUUUAUGUCCUUGGUGGGUCCCUCUUCGACACCCGUUCUUUCCCUCUGGAUCGGCCCUGCUCUUCGUCCUCUGCUUUCCGGUACAAUUUCCUGACCCUCCAGUGGGAUCGCCUUGCACCUAUGCUUUCCCCGCGCGGGAGCUUCGCUUGCGCCGCACUCCCUGGUACUGAUCAGAUCAUUGUGGCUGGCGGUGGGUCUCGACACAACAUGUUUAGGGCUGCGGGAAGUAGGAUACGUUCGGUAGAAAGGUAUGAUGUGGGGAGGGAUGAGUGGGUGUCGAUGAAUGGGUUACCGGCGUUCAGAGCAGGCUGCGUGGGGUUUACAGUAAGGGGGGAUAAGAAAGAGGAGUUCUGGGUCAUGGGAGGCUAUGGGGAGUCUAGAACGGUGGCGGGGAUGUUUCCUAUGGAUGAAUAUUGCAGGGAUGCGGUUGUGAUGGAGCUGAAGGAGAAUGGUAGGGGAAAUUGGAGGAGGACUGGCGAUAUGUGGGGAGAAGGGGAGAGGCCUAGGUUUGGGAAGAUUGUGGUUGUGGAUGAUGAGGAAGGUGGCAGGCCCUCGGUUUUCAUGCUUGAUAACAAAUAUAUCCUCAGAUACAACAUGGAUACAAACCGUUGGCUGAAGGAGUCUAGAGUACCAAGAGCGAAUGUCUACGGUGGUUCAUUUGGUUUUGUUGUUUUGAAUGAAGAGUUACACGUGAUGACUCCUGUCAAUGGAGUAGAUUCAACAGAAACGCGAUGGUCUCGACAGCAGAAAAGGGUUGGAACACUGUUUAGCCAAAUCUACCAUCCUAGAAAGAAGACCUGGAGAUUCCUCGUCACAAAGCCACCGUUCAACGAGCCAUUGGAUUUCAAUACCGCCGUUAUGUGUCCCAUUCGAUUAUAAACAACGAACAUCUCCUGCUUAAUGCAGCUGUUUAUGAUACUUGAAUUCAUCCACAAUGUUGUCUAUGUUGAUCCUCCUUGUUCUUUCCUGUUAAUAUUGCACAUAUUGACAAAUAUAUUGUCAUAUUGAUGCUUUCGCAUAGAUCUUAUGUUUCAUAUAACUUCAAUUAUCUGGAUGUAAAUGCCAUAAGUUGUAUAAGGGAAAUAAUAUACUAUGCAAUGAAUAUUUUCAUUGUAA